AAAAUAGAAAAAAAAAAACAUUUUAGCUUAAUAUUUUAUUUUUCUUUUCAUGGGUGAGCAAAACUCAUCAACACCAAAACUCUCACUAUCUAAACUCCCAUGCAAGCAAAGAGAAGCCAAACAACAAAUUAUGCUCACACCACCAAUACAAUCCCACGUGUCGGUCCCUUUUCGGUGGGAGGAGGCUCCCGGAAAGCCGAGGCCGGCCACCACGGAGCGGCGGCCGGCCGCCGCCAGGUGUCUCGACCUGCCGCCGAGGUUGGUAGUCGACGAGGCAAAAAUUACGAUAAUGCCCUCGCCGGAGACCGUGCUCGACGGGCCGUACGUGGGCCGGUCUUUGUCGCUCGCGUGCACGUUUUCCUUCCGAAAAGUGGCGGUGGCGGGCGGCAGGGAAGAAGGGCUCGGGCACCGGAGUUUUCGGGAAAUGGAGGGGUCGUCGGGCAGGGGUACUUUCGUCAUUUCGCACACGUUGGGGGAGAUGUUCAAGAGCGAGAGGAACGUGAGGGUCACGAGGGUUAGGAGGAGGAGGAGCUUCUUUAAUUUGGCCACCGUCAAUUCUAACUUUCUUUGUGGUUGGACAUUUGUGGGAGCUUCAAGCAUGCUAUUCCAUGGAGGCGAAGAAGACGAUGAAGUUCGGGCACAAAUAUGGGUUGACCCGAUUGUCUUUUAUUAGUCAGGAUAUAUAUAACAUUAAUUGGCUAGUAGUGGUUCAUGUGAACCCUCAAAAAUCAGAAUUAAAUGGCUAGUAGUGGUUCAUGUGAACCCUCAAAAAUCAGAUUA